UAACUCCCGGCCUGCUUUAGUCACGUGGUCAUUGACGUCAUCAAAAGUGUUAGUGAACCCUAACGUUAUGUUCCCACACAUGUCGUAACUACCGGCUGGGAGAGCUUCAUUGUUACUGUGGACCUAACCAAGGUGAAACUGGGGCAGUUAUCUUCUUAGUGUUUUAGAAACCUCGAGGCGUCAUCGUUCGAGUAUCCUGGUGCCUCUAUAGAUGCUACCAGUAGCUACCUUAGCUAGCACAGCGGGUGAGUUUUAACCACCGCUGCUAACCGAGUGACGUUCAACUUCAUCCAACACAAGCGGCGCUAACCAGGCAACGGAAGCUCUCGCCGAAUUCCAGGACGGAUCUGAGCUCCACACCAGUUCGGGUUGAGUCGUGCUAACAGUCAAGGAGCUGGCUGAUUGUCGGCUGAUUGUUCAGUCCGACGUCCUCUCAACGUUCGAGGUCAUUCUACGGCGUCCAUCUAGCCAGCUGUCGUCCGGAAGCUAGCGCAAGUCAUGAAGAGCCUCCCGUAUUUCUGCCGGGGAGAGGUCAUCCGAGGCUUCGGGAGGGGAAGCAAGGAACUGGGAAUCCCCACCGCCAACUUUCCCGACUCGGUGGUGGACAAUCUUCCAGCAGAUAUCGGCACAGGGAUCUACUACGGCUGGGCCUGUGUCGGUAAUGGGGACGUCUACAAGAUGGUGAUGAGCAUUGGCUGGAACCCAUACUACAAAAAUAUUAAGAAGUCCAUGGAGACCCACGUGAUUCACACUUUCAAAGAGGACUUCUAUGGAGAGAUUUUAAGUGUCGUCAUGGUGGGGUACAUCCGUCCAGAGAGAAGCUACAGCUCACUUGAAGCGCUCAUUGCAGCCAUAAACAACGAUAUUGAGGAGGCCAAGGCCCAGCUGGAGCUUCCAGAGCCUCUCAAACUGAGAGACGACAACUUCUUCACCAGCGCGCCAAGCCCGUCCGCAGCCCUGACCCCCAGCAGCCCCUCCACCUCACAGACUAUUCUAAAUGGUCACUGACAGCCGGCUGUGACUGUAGCACUUGGCUCCAGAACCGAGGAUUCUCACACAUCCUCAUUCUGAGAUCUCUUUGCAAUUGUUUUGGCUGCACAUGGACAUCAUCUAAAACAACCAAUCCCUUCUUUCUUUCUUUCUUUCUUUCUUCCUCAUUUGUCCCAACUGUUUGUGUUGCUUUGUUUCUGCCACUCAAUAGAUGUUCAUUUGUAUAUUCCUACAACAGAUUUUCUCUACAACAGAAAACCCAAAUGGUCCAUAAACUUAACUCUGUGAAUGCUCUCAGGCCAAGGUUGAAAAAACAAAAGAUACUCUGCAUGUUCUUUACUGUUGGCAUUUGUUUCUGUGUCAGAUAUUUAGAGGGAGAACCUGGGCAUUAUUUAUCUGUAACAACACUGGUCACCACGGUUAGUUGAAUAUGCAACAACAGCAAAAUGCAAGCCGGUAAAGAUGUGGAGCUUAAAUUAUUAAUGUAAAUUUAGGGGUGUUUAAGUCUUUUGGCUUUCUCAUCUCAGUUUCCAAAGAGAAUGUCUUUCCCUCAUAGUGAGACACAAGCCCUCUGUGUCACUGCCGUAAAGUAGAUGAGCCCUUUUACAUUUGAUUUUUUAAUAUUUUUUUUGAUACGUAUGCAGAAAAAAAAAAUCUUGCAUAAUUUAUUAACCUAUGAACUAGGUAAGGACUUAUAUUUAACAUUGAUUUAUGGAUUAAAGUGGUAUUAGUGACACAAAUAUAAUAAUAAUAACAGUUGAAGGAAUGCACAUUGUUUUGUUCAGUGCAGCCGGCCUGAUGCUCAGACCUACAUUCCACUAGUGUUUGUGGGUUUGUUACAGAUAGAAACACAUUGAUGAGUAUAAUGAGCACAGCUCUUGUACAUUGCACUUCUAUUUGGGAAAGACAGCAGUCUUUCAAGUAUAUUCUAAUUUGUUCUAUAAAUAUUGCAGACUAACCCGCAAUUCUUCAAUACUUUAUAUUCGUUAGCUUCAUUUUACAUUCAUGGGGUCUUUAAGAAUGUGUGUGUGCCCACCUCUAGGUUUUACAAAGAAAAUGACAACUGCUCAAUUCUUUUAACCUCUGUGAACAUAUAUAUAUAUAUUUCCAAGAACGAUUCCAUUCUCAGCCUCGUUUUUGUUUUACAUCGGUUUAGUUUUCAAUUUGCAGGGAAACAAUGACAGAAUGAAUAGAAGCAGCAGUACUUCACUGUAGUCACUUUGACAAACUCAGCUAUAAAAACCUUCUCUAAUGCAAAAUGCUACAAUAUUAAUUCUAUUCAUCCUCUAAAGCACUUAAUGUACAAAAUAAAAUUGAAUGUAUCUUUGAAUUGUGAUGACCUGCUUCUUUAAACCUGUUGGAAGAUUUAAAGGUGGACGUUUUAAUUUUUGUUUUCAAAACUUACGAGUCCAAUGUUUGCACCUCUUCUGUUUUCAUUGUUUCUGCUAUCUGUAACUUAAUCAAAUAUAUUGAACAUACUUGUCAAUUUUCUAUUCUGUAAAAGAUGUGAUGGAAAUAUGUAUUUUAAAUUCGUAAAGCAUAAAUCAGGAUCGAACAUUGAA